AUGGAACUGACGAAAAUACUAUUAAUCUUACCUGGUUUCAUUCGUAUAUCUCACCUGAUAGAACUCAAAAGUGCCAGGUAAAUGAACAAUUUUCAGAUUCUGUGCAAGUGACUUGUGGUUAGCCCCCAAGGUGGCAGUCUAUGGCCACUUUAUUUCUCAUGUAUAUCAAUGAUCUACCAAACUGUCUUAGUCAUGCAUUCCCAAGAAUGUUUGCCGAUGAUACAAGUAUCAGUUAUGCAACUGAUUCAGCCAAAGAGCUCCAAAAUGUCAUCAAUUCUGAAUUGAAAGGUCUCGAUGAUUGGCUUUUUACAAAUAAGCUAAGCUUAAAUAUUAUAAAAACAGAAUUUAUGGUAAUUGGAUCUAGGCAGAGAAUAAAAACGUUAAAUAAUGAAAUGCAUGAAUAGUGAGAUAAAUGGUGAUGUGAUCAAGUCGCUUCAGUCACAUCCUUAGCGGUCUACCUUGAUGUUCACGUUAUGUGGUCUGUGCUAACCUCUUCCCAUCACUCCUUGCGCGCUCACUUUUUCCUCACUAGAAACUUCAUGUAAGCCUCUGCGGAGGAGAGGGUCGCUGUGCUAUUUUUGCCGCUGUCAAUCAAGAGGAUAUAUGCGUUAAUGUCAUGUGCUAAUAACGCAAUAACAACGGUUUGGAAAUUUAUUUUUAGCUGUGAUUUUAAAGGGGGCGGUAUCCGAAAUAUAGUACGUAGCCAAAACCGGCAGACGGUCUUUCCCACUUGAGCGUCUGCCAAGCAGGCUAAGUGGGCAGUUGCGUAACUUGCGUUUCAGAGUGGGCCAGAUGAAAAAAUCAGGACCGCUCUGAAAAGCUUCUCAACCAAUCAGAUUGCUUCAUUUUCACUGAUAAAAAAUAAAUGAUGUUAUGCAUUACCUUAUUUCAAAUAUAUGACCGAAAAUGUUAUCAUCUCACUCGCAAGCUAUUCGUCGUUUUAUUUUGUUUUAAUUUUUUACAGCUAUAUCCCUCAGAUUGCAGGGCCCUCUAAGUGGAAAUGGUACUGGUCGAGUGGAAAUAUUCUAUAAUGGGGAAUGGGGAACAAUCUGUGAUGAUGGUUGGGAUGUAGAUGAUGCAAGAGUUGUAUGUCGUCAGCUUGGUUAUAUACAUGAUGUUAGAGCUCUUCAAGGGAGCGAAGUUUCAGAUGGUAGUGGACCGAUAUGGUUGGAUGAUGUCGUUUGUACUGGGAGUGAAGAAAAUCUGAUCAGUUGUUCUCAUAAUGGAUGGCGAAUUCAAAAUUGCGAGCAUGAUGAAGACGCUGGAGUGGAAUGCUCUUCAAGAGGUAAUAUUAUCAUUCGUAUAAAAUUGGUAUGACACUGUGGUACACAACAAUCACAUAACUCCUAAUAGAACAUAACUUACGAAUUAUAAAAAAGAUGGUGCCGCAAGUUGCAUGCCGGUGACGUCGAAAAUUUCAGAUAUUCUGCAACAAAAUUAUUUAGAUAGGAAAGUAAGUAUAAGGUUUUCGAAAUAUUCAUCGGGACCGUACACAGCGCGGGGGAAGGGGGGCAAUUGUCCCCUAGAGAAAACGAUAUAUUUAUAGGUUUUUACAAUGACAUUAUUAAUUAUUCUUUGCAUGGGUGUAUUGGGGACUUUUUUCGGCAUAUAGGCCUUACUGCCCCCUGGUGAAAAAAUCCUGCGUACGGCCCUGAUAUUCAUAAUGUCACAUAGUUUGAUAAACAAAACAAACUGGAUGUAAAACUAACAAUUAAUGAAUAUUGGUAUGAUAGUACUUUUUGCGAGUUACAAUGUUGAAAGAAUAACUCAAAUAGAGAACAUUUUCCAAAUAAUUAUAUCACAUCACUAAAUAACACGGAUGCAUCCGUGAACACUUUUGUUCAACGAAAGAUUAAAUUUAUAUAUGUCACUCUAUAAUAAGUGGUUUUUUUUCGAUUAAGUUCAUUUGGUCCAUAUUUUUUUUCAAGUGUGUCUUUAAUAAAUAAGGCUAGGGGAAAGUGUAACCAAUCCUAUUCCCAGGGCAUUUCCCGUUUUGACUCUUGUCCUUUGUUAAAGGCGCUUAAAAUAAAUAACCCACAGGAACUUAGUGGAGAGCUUAUAAUAACAGUCACCGACAUUAGCAUGCACCGGAAAUUUAGUACCAGUUAAAUAGGUAAAAAUAAAAGAAAUUAGUAUUAAUAAUAUGAUUAAUUUAAAUAAACAUCUUAAUUUGUGUAUUAUAUACAGCAUGCAUGAGCGGGCGCGUGUUGCAUGUAUGAGAGAUAGCUACAAACACAACUCAAAAACAGUGAUUCUGUAAAUAUCUUAUGCAACACAGACACGGAUGCUGUGUUAAAUGAUGCAUAAGAUAUUUAUAGACCUUUUCAGAAUGAAAAGGUUGGUACGCAUCAAUAAUCUUGAAUACUAGAAUGUUGCAUGAUGAGAAAAAACGACUUUAGUUUAUGUAAAUCAGUUGUAUAUUUCAUCUGAUAUAAAGCUCUUUCACAUUCAUGAAUUUGUUUGUGUUCAAUUCAUGACUGAUUAUUAAUGAUAAUUAUAAUAUUUUAGACACGAAAUGUGGCGGUACUUGCCAUUCGAUGGCUGGAUGCGUGCCAGAUGGGAAAAGCUAUAAAUGUCAAUGUAAAGUUGGGUUUUCUGGAGACGGAAAAUCCUGUGCAG